AUGACUUGCUCAGCAAUUCGGCGCACAUUUAUGAAGGAUCUGCAGCACCUGUGUAGGACAAUUGACGCCUCGACCGACGGCCAGGCAUCCAUCGUCGGAAUUGAUGAGAUGACGGUGAAGGUUUUGCUGCGACCCAAAUCCGGCUACAAUGCCCAUGCAGAAUUCCUGUUGACCAUCAAGUGCUGCCCCACAUAUCCUAAGGCUUGUCCCGAUGUGUCCUUCGACUCACCCAUAUUUCAUCCCAACAUUGAUCCGUCAGAUGGCGCAAUAUGCUUAAGUCUUCUCAGCGAAUGGCGAAGCUGUUACUGUCUGGUGGAUUUGGUGAAGGCUGUGCUCUAUGUCAUCGAUCACCCCGCCUUUGAUUCGCCAAACAACCGCUUUGGAGCACUCAAAGAUCCUGCUCAGCUAUCCACAAACACGGCGCGUGUGCUUGCUGGUCUCCCGGUCAAGGGACGUCGCUUCCCGCCCAACCGCGCAUGGCUCGAGUGGGCUCGUGCCAAUGGUUGCCUGCCCACUGGAGAAGAGGAGAUGGAGGAGGCGGAAGAGGAGUUGAGAAAAAGAGAAGAUUUGGUCCAGAAUUGGGGUGACGGAGUUAAUGUUUCUGCCACAAAUAUGGGCUCAGAAGCUAAGUCCACUAAUGCGACGUUUCAUGCUCUCUCUGAUACUGCAUCUGAUAGCGUCCCAUCUUUCGCGAAAAUUCGCUACUUGUUCGAUCCUGAAGAAAAAGGCAUUUAUCGAGAUCCUUAUGAAAGUCGUUGGACGCCAUUUGAGGUUGAUUCUCAGCGAAUUCUUAUUUGGCAUCCUAGCAGUAACCAAAAAACAGAUGCUUACACGGUCUUUUACUUUAUUGAAUUUUUGGGAACCGAACACCAUCGAAACGAAUUAGGUGAACAUUACAACACUUUCUUCAUUGCCAGCGUCUUACACGAAUAUCAGUCGCAUCCAGAAUCGAGACAGACAUCCAGCAACUGUCCAUGGUACGCAUUUUUGCGGCAUUCAGGAAGUCUUCACCAAAAUUACACUAGCUGCAGUUCUUCUCUGAACCUUAGCGACAUAUCUGAAUCAAACGAACCGAUCAUGCAGACAUUGACCGCGGAUUUUUGCCCUUGGUCAUCACGGGAUGGCAAGGGCAUGAAUUAUCUGUUUGGUAGUUUGUUUUUCGAGGGAAACCGAAACGGCGGGAACUUCACAUGCUUUUUGGACGAGGACAGUGAUGAAGAUAGUGGGAGUCAAGGUAUCGGAUGGCUCUUUGACUUGUGCUCUUUGGAACCCCAAAAUGUCGUCAUGGUACCCGAUGAAGCAUCUGACGCCAUGGUGUCUGAAUCAACUUCUCAUUGUGGAAUCUCAUAUCAUGGAGACAAAUUGAUUAUGGGAAGUGAGAUUUUACUCACAACAGAACAAAAUACUUAUGCGAAUGAGCUUGGAAAGGAGAGUGUAGAGUUGACUUCAUCUGUCUCAUCCACAGCGUACAGGCGCGUUCGUGUGCCCUACCCCCUAGUAACAGACUGCUGGGCUUGCCGAUACAAAUACCAUUAUAUUCGGAAAUCUAUUAACACAGGUCUACCUUUCGUAUGGAAGUGGUAUUUUCGCCGGACUCGAUGGUCUAUUCGAUUUGCUCCACAACAGAAAGUGGACCUCUCGAUGACGGGCAUCCGAAUUCCAACAUGGCGAGCCAGUUCGGGUCGAAUGAUGUCGGAUAUCUGUCACUUUUGCUCAAAGAAUCAAAAUACAAGAAAUCUCGUCCUUCUCGAUCCCAUGGCACUGUCGCCACUAUCGCCUCUGCUGAAUUUGAUGCAACACCAUCCGUUGCCGAGGCCUACGCUCACCGGCAUUCUGUGGUUGACGCCACUCGAUGCCCUCUCGCCCUUUUACCGCGUACCCAUCCCUGACAUGGAAGAGCAGCAGGACAGCGAGGAUAAUGGGCACGAAAGAGGAGACGAUGGCUAUACCACACUGAUUUGUUUGCGUUUCCUUGCCGUUGCAGCCUUGCUCGUGAACUGGGUGGCAUGGAUAUCGCGAGUGGAGAGCUAUGCGGCCCUCGAUACUGUGCUCCAGCGUGGCUUUUGUAGUGCUACAUGCCAGGUCGUGGUGCCUGCUUGGCCAUCGGGAAUCAUCGCUCCAUCAAGUAUUUUAUCUUGCUACCUUGUAUUUUGA